CAGGACCCUUUACACCAGAAGAUACUGUGACAUCUGUGUUCAACAGAGUAUUUGCGCUAUAUAUCGCCAAUCUCUCACAUAGAACGUUCCGUGCACACUCGAGCCCUCGUAAUAUGAGGAAAGCGGAACAACUCUUCUACCUGGCCGUCUUCUCGCUGCUGGGUACGUCGCACACAGCGUCGCCGCAACUCAACGCACGAGAACCGACAAAGAGCAAGAAUGCGCCUCCGAAUGUCUGCGAUUUCGAGCCGGGCGCCAUUGUCUCCGAUGCUUGUGCCUCUUAUUCCACCCUCGACGGCCUCAACGAAGCUCUGAGUCCGUUUGUCACGAAGAUCACCCAGGACACCGACUUCUUCUCACACUACCGAUUGAACCUGUUCAACAAAAAAUGUCCGUUCUGGGAUGAUGAGAAUGGCAUGUGUGGCAACAUUGCUUGUGCGGUGAACACGUUGGACAAUGAAGAAGAUAUACCCCUUGUCUGGAGAGCGCAAGAGCUGGGUAAACUUGAAGGACCACGGGCAAAGCAUCCUGGAAAGAAAGUCAGAGAAGUGUUGAAUGAGAAACCGCUGCAUGGGCAUCUUGGAGAAAACGUAGAAGAGAGUUGCGUAGUUGAGUCGGAUGAUGAGUGCGAUGACAGAGACUACUGCAUACCAGAGGAUGAACGAGCAGAUGCAAAGGGCGAUUAUGUCAGUCUUGUCGACAAUCCAGAGCGAUUCACCGGAUAUGCUGGCCCUGGCGCGCAGCAGGUUUGGGAGGCCAUCUACAGGGAAAAUUGCUUUUCAAAAGGCAGUCCAGAGGUAGUUGUUCAGACCCCCGGUUCUUCUGGUUCUUCGCUUGGCGGCUUCGCCGCACAGGAUCUGCGUCAGGCCCUCAAGGAACAGGGAGUCAAGCAAGGUAUCCAAUCCGCUAUCGCCCACGGCUCUGGAUCGGCUCGUGUUGACCCUAUAGAAUUUGACGACACUUGUCUCGAGAAGCGUGUCUUCCAUCGCGUCAUCUCUGGAAUGCACGCUUCUAUAUCCACACACCUAUGCCAUGACUACCUAAACCAAACGACUGGAGAAUGGGGUCCGAACUUGGCAUGUUACGAGUCUCGCCUUCAUAGUCAUCCCGAUCGAGUCUCGAAUCUCUACUUCAACUAUGCACUGGUUCUCCGUGCUGUAGGCAAGGUCCGCCAACACAUUCAAAACUACUCUUUCUGCUCAGCCGAUCCAACACAAGAUUCCAAGACCAAAAACCUCGUCCUCAAUCUUGCCGCCAAUGUGCCCUCAGCUGCUGAGAUCUUCGAUGAAACAACAAUGUUCGCUGAUCCAUCGGUCAUCGAUCUCAAAGAGGACUUCCGUAACCGCUUCCGCAACGUCUCGCGGAUUAUGGACUGCGUCGGCUGUGACAAGUGCCGCCUAUGGGGUAAAGUGCAAACCGCAGGCUAUGGCGCGGCGCUCAAAGUACUUUUCGAGUUCGACGAGUCCAACAGCGAAAACGAUCCGCCGCUGCGUCGCACAGAGCUCGUCGCCCUGGUGAAUACCCUCGACCGCCUAUCACACUCGCUCAAAGCAAUCAAAUCCUUCCGCCACAUGAUCGAAGAGCGUGACGGGCUGGCCCAGACCCCAGACGCCGAGCCCUCACAGCUCCCUCACCCCAUCAACGACGACGUUCCGCCCAUCCAAAACAAGAAGAAGAAGGCAAAAGUAUACGACGACGACGAGGAAUGGCGGCCGAAACCCAGACUAUACGACCCGGACGAGACAUUCACGGAGAUGCUGUACGCCGAGGCAUACCUGGUCUGGCGCACGUACUGGUACGUGAUGCGUCAAUGGUGGAAUCUGCCCCGCAAGCUGUACGCGAUCGGGCUGUGGGAGUUGAGGCGUCUGUAUGCCUGGUGGCUUGGGCUCAGUGUGCCGGAGAGGGGCUGGGCGUUUCGGACACCCGACGAGUUGUAGACGUCUGUAUAGUACAUGUAUAUAUGCACAUGAGCGUGGUGGAGCUUGGUAAUAUAGAUAGGUGUUGAUGCAUGGCUUGGCUUAAGUUAA